UACAACUAAAGAGAGAGAGAGAGAGAGAAAGAGAAUAAAAAGACACCUUGAAUUAUUUUGAUAAUAAGCUCUUAUCGUGAGGUGGUGAACGUGGCAAUAUAGGAUUGGUUCGUAGGUGAAAAAUGGGGAAGAAGACAUGGUUCGACGACGGAGGGAUGAGGAAAGGAGAGUGGACGGCGGAGGAAGACCAGAAGCUCGUCGCUUACAUCAACGAGCAUGGCACCUGCGAUUGGCGUUCUCUCCCCCAAAGAGCUGGUUUGCAGAGAUGUGGAAAGAGCUGCAGAUUAAGGUGGCUUAAUUAUCUAAGGCCUGGGAUUAAAAGAGGCAAAUUCACUGCUCAAGAAGAAGAAGAUGUUAUCAAACUUCAUGCUGUUCUAGGAAACAGGUGGGCAGCCAUAGCGAAGCAGAUGGAGAACCGAACAGACAACGACAUCAAGAACCAUUGGAACUCUUGUCUCAAGAAAAGACUGUCGAGAAACGGAAUCGACCCGAUGACCCACGAGCCCAUCAUCAAUAACCUCACCGUCAAGACCACUAGCGAAGAAUGUGGUAGCUCUUCCACGACGACGUCGCCGUCGCUGGCGAGCCCUUCCUCCUCCUUAUCCUCGGGCUCGGCUCGGUUCCUGAACAAGCUCGCGGCGGGUAUCUCAUCUAGACAACACGAUCUCGACAGGAUCAAGAACAUCUUGUCGAACCCGAGAAUCACAAGCAGUGAUCAAGACGAAGAAGAAGAAGGGUAUAAGAGGGAUCAGAAGAUUGGUGGUGGUGAAGAAGAUGAUUUUCCGAUGUGGAUCGAUGAGGACGUUAUGCGUUAUAUGGAGAUUGACGAAAUGGAAUGUGAGACGACGUCGUACGACUCUGUCUUGUAUGAGAGUAUGCACGUACUUGAUAGUCUUUUCUGACUCGGUCUAGUGCUAGUGUGUAUGAGUGUGGCUGUGCAUUUACUUGUAAGCAUAUGUUAACAGAUGAACAUUUUAAAUAUUAUUGUUGCGACCAAUAAUAUUGAUGUGGACUAUUUUGACCAAGAAAAUGAUUUCCUUUAGGGAAAGUCUUUUACCAUAUGAUAUUUUUGGUCGUACCAUAUGGUUUUUAA